AUGUAUUGGUCUGAACCUCAGAUUCAAACAUGGUUGGACACCAUGAAAACUCUCGCGCAAUGUACUGCCAACGCCCUAGCGCUGCAACCUUCGGUUCAUGAUUAUUGGGACCGAGCGCGAUUCGCAUUACGACCAAAUUCGGUGAAAGAUCAAAAGACUAAGAUGAAGCUCCGCUUUUACUGGCUUAAACCACAAUUGCCGCUUGCCCAAGGCUCAAGCUUGCUCCUGGUCGAUCCGCCCAUUUUGUUCGAUGACGCAGAAACUGGAAGCAGAGAUCACCAUAGGAACAUCCCACAAGCCCUCCUCGCAUUGUUCGACAGCCAGACCCGACAAAUCAUACGUUCGGGUGAUGAAAUAAUCAUCACCACUCCUGACACCACUCGCUUCCUCCUCCCGGAUGAGGAGCUGCUCCGCUUGCAAUGGAUCCUUCACCGUCUAGCCGCCUUAUGCGCGGCUGCAGGGUUCUACGCGGAUUUCCUCUUCGAAGAUGACGAUUUUUCUGCCGGCGCCGCCUGCAUGGUUACGCCACCGGGGGUAUACGGACCAGACGAGCGAGAUCGCCGCAAUAAACGUCUAUAG